GUAACAGCACACAACCGACGAACUUCUGAUCCCCAAGUCAGAAUUCUAGAGCCGGGUGACGCUUAUGUUUACACACAAAAGAUGUUGCAGUCUAGUAAACUGGGCCUGAUAGAGGGCAACGAGAUGCAUCCCCCUCGAAUCCUAGAACUACUUGAUCCGAGCAAGACAACCCACCAAAAGAUGUCCUUGGUAGAUGUAGAUCAGUCACUUUUCCAGCCCCACCCCCCCAAGUUAGUCUUCAAGAACUUCACUCCUGCACAGUCUUACAAGUUACCACUGCAGCUGUUCAACAAUGAUAAGAUAUCACGCCAUGUGAGACUGGAGCACCAGGACUCAGCUUAUUUCCAAGUUGAAGGUCCAAAGGAGGCAAAGAGUAAAGUGGCAGCAGGACUGUCAGUGGGCUUCACAGUCUGCUUUACUCCACAGGAGAACAAGGACUACCACCAUGCUCUGUUUUUUGUGACGGAGCGAGAGCAGUUUGAAGUGCCAAUCCAUGCCAUUGGCCCAAGAGCCAGUUUGAACUUCCGUGAUGAGUUGCAUUUACCUGACUGUCUUGUGAAAGGCUCCACACAGAGAACUCAGCUUGUACGCAACGUCGGAGAUCGCGUAGCCAUCUUCAAGUUACUGACACAGAGUCCUUUUUCAGUAACUCCCUCCUCUGGAACUCUUGAUGUUGGCGAAAGCAUGCAAGUCACCGUGGCUUUCAAUCCGAUGACCGCAGGAGACCACCGUCAGGAUCUGUUGCUAUACUAUGAUACUGGUGAAGAUGUGUACAUCAGCCUGCAUGGUUCCUGUGGGGAGCUGAAGCUCAAUUUAAUUCCCGAAAACCUUGAUUUGGAAAAGACCUACAUCUCCUUGUCAAACACACACACGGUGUCCCUCACUAAUAGUAGUGAUACUACUCUUAAGUAUUGCUGGACAACAUGGUCAACCCAACUGGAACAGAACAAGUAUUGCGCUGCACUAGAGCAGCAGCAGCGGCAGCAUGUGGAUUCACAAUUGCUUAUUCCCUGCCAGUCUGACCCCACAGCCAAUCAUCGAACUGGCCUACUCUCUCUCGCAAAAGGAAGCAUAACAGUAGAACCAGCGUUGGGAGAAAUAUGGCCGAAUACCACAGCACGUUUCACUGUUGUUUUCAAGCCGGAUGAAGCCAAACUAUACCAAGAAACCAUAUAUUGUGACAUCACGGGCCAGAAAUCUUGCAUACCUCUGACAGCCAGAGGUGAGGGUUUAGGACCUGUAGUGCAGACCAAGUGUAACCUAAUGGAUAUGAAAAACAUAUUCAUAGGCCACACUGUCUCUUACGAGGUCCAGCUGUCCAACCACGGGCUGAUUGAUGCCCCUUUUGAGUUAUCAAGCCCUAGUACCACUUUUGGUCAAUUUUUCUCCUUCACUCCCACGAAAGGUGUUGUUUUCCCCGGGGCUUGCCAUAUGGUUAAAGUCAGCUUCCACAGUAAUAUUUUGGGAACUUUCGCUGAAGACUUACUGCUAACUGUCACAGGGCAGCCUCGACCACUUACGCUGACCUUCAGGGGCUGUGUCAUAGGUCCCACUUUUCACUUCAGUGUUUCAGAACUCAAUUUUGGCGAUGUAGCAUUUGGUUUCCAACAAACAGAAAUUUGUACCCUCUUUAACACAUCCUUUGUCCCAAUGAACUUUUCCCUGCGUGUUGUGGGAGAUGGAAUGGGGUCUCCCAGUGUGACCAGUGACCAACAAGUGUGUGAGCUGUGUAGGAACAACUGGCAAGGUAGUGCUGCUCACGACCUCGGUGCAAUGCCUGUUGAGUUCACUGUCAGUCCUGAUGUGGGCUUUGUACGGGCCGUGGCGGAUGUCAGCAUCAAGGUGACACUGUGCUCCAACACUGUCAAACAUUAUAGGGUGGCUCUGGUGGUAGAUGUUGAGGGUGUUGGAAAAGAGAUCAUGGCUCUCCCCAUUAAUGCAAGGUGUAUUGUUCCAGAGAUCAUGGUGGAGACUCCAGUCCUAGACUUUCAGAAGUGUUUCCUCAAUCACCCUUAUGAAAAGAAAGUACGCCUAAUGAACCAAAGCUCUCUGCCUGUCUGCUAUGGCAUGCUGGAGCAGGAAUAUGAAGAAAGCCCUUCAAUGAUAUUUGGGAGUUCUUUAUCAAGGGGAGUGAUUCCUCCUCACAGCUCAGCAGACCUUCCUGUGUUUCUUCUGGUGAAGGAUGUUGGAAAGCAGCAUCACACUCUGUACAUUGCUCUGUUUGGCAGUAUCCACCCACCACAGGGGGUUGUCUUGUCAUGCACAGGGCGUGGUCCUAUAGUUCACCUUCAGUGCCAGAUUCAACAACUGGAAUUUGGCAAAAUACCUGUUCUGACAGAUGUUGCCAAAACCCUUCCCCUGUCCAACCAGUCACCUAUUCCAGCAUGCUUCACAGCACGCAUGGGCCAAGGAAAGUCUCCUUGGCGUGUUGAACCCAAUGAAGGGGAAGUGCCACCACAUGGUCAAGUGCAUCUUAAGGUUGUGGCAAAUCUAAAAGAUACACUCUUAUUUCAAGACAAACUUGAGAUUUCCAUCCAAGGCAGUCAAACUCACACUGUUGCCCUGUCUGCUACGGGCACAGGCACCACAAUUGUCAGUGACAAACCCUUAUACCCAAAUCUCGACCUUGGCAUACACUUCAGCCAUGGAUCGUGCGACUUCCAUUUCAAGGUGACUAACUAUGGCCAACGAGUACACCGACUUUACUGGAAGACAGUGUGCUCAUCUGGUCGGACUUUCCUGCCCUCCAUCUCAGCGGCAAAAAAGAGGGAUUCUGUUACAACUGGAUCGUGGGCUUCCCCAACUGAAGACAGACCAGUAUUCAACAUCAGUCCGACACGUAUGGAACUUUUCCCUUGUGGCUCAGUUGACAUGGUGCUGAAAGGAUCUUCAGACUACCCCAAGGUUGUGAGAGAGUAUCUUGUCUGCUGUGGCAUUGUGGGUCAUCAGGGAAUUAAGGAGCAUAUCUUUUCUGUGGAGGUGAUGUGCCAAUUUGUGACCCCUAUGCUCAGCAUGUCCUCCCAGCAGCUGAAUUUCUACAUAGAAAAGCUCCCGGGAGAAGAGCUGACCCAACUGUAUGAGGAGCUGGUUUUAAAGAAUGUGUCAUCUCUUUCUCUAUCCAUGGAGCUCUCUCUUGCUACUCCUUUCUCCCUGUGUGAGGCCCAGGGAGUCCACAGUAAUGCUAACACUAAGAGCAUGACAUUAGUUCAAGGGGAAGAGACUCACUUGUGGAUAUGUUUUGAUCCAACAUGCUUCCAUGGUCAGUUGUCACAAGUCGUGGAUCAGACCCUCAACAUGCACUACAUAGGACACCCACAACAAGACAAGGUGGAACUGCAUGCAGAAGUCCAUUAUCCCAACCUCCAUUUUUCUUCCACAACAGUGGAUUUUGGCAGUGUGCUCAACUCCACAGAAAAUCACCAGGAAGUUACAAUCACUAACUGUUCCCCAUUGCCGGUAUUUUAUCGCUGGGCCUGUUUGGUGGAUCAUACACAAUGUGCCAUCAGGUCUUCCUACCCCUCGACAGCUGCUCUCAGCGAUGAAUGUAUUAUACCAGACCAGGACAUCCCACAAUGCUCCGUGUGUGUGCAAGAGAUCUUUGAUGUCUUACCAAUGCAUGGGCACCUGAAACCCGGUGAGCAGCAGUUGGUAACGUUCAUUUUCCACGGCCAGGACUUCGUUAGGCGAGAGGUGAUCGCACAGUGCCAAGUAGAACAUGGACCAAUAUAUGACAUUAGACUCAGAGGAGAAGCAUCAGAGAUCAGCUUCAGUCUGGACUCAGCCACUGUUGACUUUGGUUUGCAGCGUUUUGAUCAAAUUGGAGAGUCGACUGUAAUUCUAAGGAAUACCGGAAAGGUGGGCUUUAAAUUCAGCACUGAAAAUGUUCAAAAGGAAAAGAUCACUGUGGAUCAGGAGCAGCAGGACACAAUGCUGGAAAUUGAGAAUGAGCAGAACGAGGAGAUCCGACCUGGUCAACCACAGGUCAUCCCCCCUACAGGUUACGUUGAAGCUGGUUCGAAACAUUGUUUGUGUGUGCGCUACCUCCCUGGCAUCCCUGAGAGGUUCACUAAGCAGUUUCAGCUAGUUGUGGCUCACUUACCACCACAGGUCAUCACACUUACAGGCGAGGGAGUGUUCCCAAAGAUCUCCCUAAAUUUGCCCCGAAGCCUGGCUAAGGAAUCCUACAGUGAUGUGGUUGACCAGGCCAGAACAGCUGUCGAAAGGGAGGCUACCAGUGCCGUUCACUAUGAACAGUUGUUAUUUUUGGAAAUUGAGAAAAUACUGGUGACAGAAAAUGCUUUGGCUGUGAGUAAGAGCCUUUUGGAUGUAGGGAACUCCCAAGGUUCUACCAAAAAAUGGAACAAACUCAGCAAGUUUCUCCUCCCAGAAUAUGUUCUGGAUUUUGGUUAUGUUGUUCCGAACCAAGUCCUCAAACACACUGUGAAGAUUACCAAUAAUGGGCCGUUACCUGUGUCCUUCCAUGUCAACUCCAAAGUUAGUGCAGGUUUCAGGGUAGAAUUUGGAAGCAUAAGGAACCUUUCCUGUGGUGAGAAAGAGACUUUCACUGUUGAAUUUGAUCCCCAAAAAAGCAGCCUGUCAUUAGGGAUCAGAAGUGCUCUCAUCCCAAUUCAGGUCAUAGGUGGUCCAUCGCUGCAGGUCCAUCUUUGUGCAGUGGUUACCGUGCCAUCAAUCUCUGUUUCCACAGAAACACUGCAGUUUGACACUGUGCGGUGUGGCUUGUGUAAGAUUCAGACAAUGCAGCUAUUUAAUCAUGAAUCUGUGCCCUGCCAAUGGAGCAUAGUGGAGGAUGUGAAGCCCGUAAAGGUCGAUAAAUUCCUUCCCCUCCAUCAGCGCAGCAAAUACCUACAGCAGCACCGGCCACCACCUGUGAUGUUUGAGAUGACUCCUUCUUCUGGCAUGCUCACCCCCGGUGACCGGGUCAAUGUCCAAGUCAAGUUCAGUCCUACUGAGGGGUGUCUUUACAAGAGGGAUUUAAUAAUUACUGUGACUGAGGGCACCCAGCCGCUGGUCAUCACAGCCCUGGGACAGGGUGAAGACCCCCAACUGAUGUUUUGUCCACCAGAGUUAAUCAUGGGGCCUUGUCUGCCAUUCAGCAUGGAGAUUGAAGCAGAGGUCAUAGUUAAAAACUGUUGCUCUUACCCCAUUGAGUUCUAUUCCCUUGAGUUUGACACACAAUACCUGAAGGAAGAAAAGAUGCUGAAUCUCCUGGAUGGAUAUGACGCAAAUGAUGUACUGCUGCUGCCUCCGAGACAUGCUGGAGAGAGUCUUCCCAUCGAACUUGUGGACUUCUACAAGGAUCACUGCUCUCGGCUAAAAGAUAAAAAUGUAGCUGGUAUGAGUCUGCAAAAACGGAGAGGCGGCAAAAGGGGUGAAAGACGUAGAACUGAACUGAUCAUUGCAGACAUCAUGAAAGCGGAAGCUACUGGGAGUCUGGGACUGCUAGAGAUAAACCCCCUAUCCAGUGCAAUUGCACGCUACAUGAGUGUUGACCUGUCACCCAAAGGUCUAGCUGCUCUGAACUGCAGAGGCAUUGCUAUUAUUAUAUAUGGAGCUCCACUGACAGCUCAAAGCAGCAAAGCGACUGCUCUGGCAAAUCACUACGGCGGGGCAUGUCUCAGUAUGGAUGCUAUGCUCGCUGAUUCACUGAUGCAUGGGACUUCCCUCGUUUGCCUGGCUGGAAGACAACUGUUUAACCGUGCUGCUGCCGAGCACGCUCAGAAGAUGGAAGAGGCUGUUGAGUUAUCUGCAAAUAUUGGAUUAAGAGCGGAUUCUCCCAGUGAAGCUGCAUCUGUAUCUCCAAACUCAGUUCCCACUGAAGCUCAUUCAAAACCUGCUGAUACCAGCAGCAGUGACUUAAAAGCUCAGGAGAAAGGGAGCACACACAGCAGCAUGCCAAUAAAUAAGACAACACUCAGCAAUCUUUUGCCUGAACAACUUCUGGUUGAUAUCCUGGCAGAGAGGUUUCAGUUAGACGACUGCUAUUGUGGCAUCAUAAUUCAUGGUCUUGAUUCAGUCUACACAACAUCAGUGGCAUACUCUCUUCAAGUUGUUCUCAAGGCCCUCAAUAACCGUAAACACAUUUAUGUGAUCAACUUAUCUGACACAUACAGUGCCCUAAAAGCUCGGAUGAAGGCACAAAGAAAAGCUGAAGAUGCCCUGCUGAAGGAAAAAGCAGAACUGGAGGAGGAGUGGCUGCAGAACUUGGAUGAAGAGGAAUAUGAAGCUCUGCCAGAGGAAGAGAAAGAGCGUAUUAAUGAGCGACAGAAGCAAAAGAAACUCAAAGUUCUUGAGCGAAUCAUGAAAAUGCAGAAGGAAAAAAAACAGCAGGAUGAUAUGAAGAAAGUGAAACUCGAUGAGUUAAAAAAGAAGACUAAAAAGGGUGGAGUUAAGGAAGCCAAACAAGUCUCACGGAAAAAGGGUUCUUUGGAGAGUAAGCAGCCAUCUAGUGCAAUGGCAGCUCCUCGAAUACCAUCCUCAAAAGAAUCCCUAGUGGACAAGAAAGAUCAACCUUCAAAUGAUGCAAAGCAAGGCAAAGACGAAAAGAGCAAAGACGAAACCAAUAGAGACAUCCAGUCUGAUUCACCAUCAGAAGUGCCCACGGUAGAUAAAUUGCACAGUAUGUUCAGUGCAUAUGAAAAGAUCCAAACGCAGGUGGAACACAUUCUCCAACACUGGGAUCGUGUUAACUGCUUGUUGCGGGUCCCACUUCCAGGUCAGGAGCCUCCACCAGCCCCAGAAGAGCCCCCAACAGAAAAACAGACUCCUGCGGCAAAGAAGAGCAAAAAAUCCAGUAGCAAGAUCCCAUCUCCAUAUAAUCAGAUGGAGGCAGCCCUCAAAUCAGAAAAGGCAGCUGAGAAACCCAACAUCAUCCCUCAUAUUGUUCUUAAACUCACAGGCAAAGACUAUCCAGAUGUACUCGAAUUGCUCAAAAGAAAAGCCAUGCCUCCACUUAAUGAGGUACUGGAUGAUCUAGGUUUGGGAACGGGCACACUUUCUAUCCCUCCUCCUCUUACCUUCUCAGUGAUUCAUCUACCCAAAAAUAGGGAGCGAGUGAAAAGACAACUGAACUGUAAUUGUUUCACCUUUCUGAGUCGUUCUGCUGGAGAUGAACAAGAUGAGAGAAAAGAGGAAGAUGAUGAAGAUGUACAAUCAAUAAAGGCACCAAAAGGUCGGAGAGCAAGUGCAAAACUGAAUGCUAUGAAAGAUAAGAAGGGGAGAGAGAGUCAGAAGAGUGUGAAACGGCCUGCUGCCCUUCCAAAAGCCAAAGGUUUGGAACAAACCUUAGCUUCUGCACUUGUGUCUUCCACACCUGACAUUGCUGAACAGGAUCCCCACCAUGCAAGUGUGGAGCAAAAACGCAACCAGAGCCUGACAACGUUUCGCUGGGUUGUACCAGCUAAGGGGCAAGUAGUGUUGAAGAUAUGGUUUUACUCUGGCUCCCCUGGGAAUUUUGAACAGAUCUUCAACUUUGAGCUACUUGGCACCCACAAAGUCUACCAACUUCCCUGCAAAGGGACUUGCAUAUUUCCCUCCUUCUGCAAAGACUACAAGGUUCUUUUCCCCUAUUGUCGAGAGGUGCCAAAAUUCACUCAAGGGCUUAAGAGGACUUAUGUUGUUAAUCCUGGAUUCUAUGAAUUUGGACCAUUACUCUGUAGCAAGACCAGAGACAGAUACAAAGAUAAUCGGUUUCCAGAGAACACAGAGAGAAUGGUGAUCAAAAACAUUGCAGGACUAGAGGCUGAGGUUCAGUUCCAUUUCCAAAAUGACACGCAGGCCAUCACAUAUAUGCUAGAUCCUCCCAACAUGACUCUACAACCUGACCAGGAACAGGAGUUGACUGUCUGGGCCUACCCAACAACUCCAGGAGAAAUCAAGGACAACAUUGUGUGUUGUAUCAAGGACAAUCCAGAGGUUUUCACUAUUGCGCUGUCCUGCUUGGGGGUACGACCAGAGCUGGAGCUAGAAAGCAAGCGUCUGAAUUUCAACAGGGUUUUACUUCACAGGCAGGAGAGUCGAAGUGUGAAGCUCCACAACAGGACACCUCUGCCAAUAUCUUGGAGGCUUCAUGGUAUAGAGGAACUCGGUGACGAGUUUAGUGUAUCUCAGGACCACAGUGUCGUCUUACCUAACUCCUCCCUCCUCUUGACUGUGCACUUUUUGGCCAAAAAGCCAUUGAAUAUUAAAAAGCAAUUACGCCUUGAGGUUUCAGAUGCAGAAAAUAUUUUGGGAAUCUUAUACACGGAUAAAAUACAGGUCUCUGCAGAAGCCUUUGAUGUAGCCUUGGACAUCACACCAGAUUGCUGUCUGGACUUUGGAACUAUAAAAGUUUUUGAAGAGGUAGAACGUACCAUCAAACUGAAAAACCAAGGAAAAUAUGAAUUUAUAUACAAGAUUUUAGUUGGGGAAAAAAACCCAAACCUAAUCUCGGCCUUCACGAUGUCCCCCGCAACUGGUACCUUAAUUCCUCGCAAAAAGUACACACCCAUUCAGAUCAUCUGCAAACCCAAGAAAGAAGUCUCAAUCACAGACAAGCCUGUCCUCUCCUGUCAGGUGAUUGAACCCAGCAGUGGGGAUGGAGGACAUAUUGUAGCCAUUUUGCCCAUCAGUGUUUCAGUCCAGUCCGUCUUUUCCAGGUACACAAUCUCACCUUCGUGUGACAUCAACUUUGGUCCUCUUGUUUAUGGCUCCAAGAAAAGUCAAACCUUCACAAUUGAGAACAAUGGAAUAUUUGAGACCCAUUACACCAUCAUCUGUGUGGGCAUUGACAUUUGCCCACGAGCAAGGCAGGGUAAGAAAGCCGCUCGAGAGAGCGUGUCAGAGAAGUCUCAUCCAACCGGGAGCAAAAUGAGGAGCGAGUCCUUCCAUAAAGAUACAAACAUCUCGCAGAAUCGACUCAGCACAGGGGUGUUUGCAGUAUUCCCAUGCACGGGAACAAUGCAGCCCAGGACUCGGCAGGCAGUGACAGUUGAGUGUGUAGCUGAGCAGCUGGGCAGCUGGAGCCAGAAGUUGCUUAUCGAUAUCAGUGGCCGUGACCCCUCAGACCACCCUGAAGGCAUACCAUACAAACUGAUAGCUGAAGUCUGUAGGCCAGGCAUUGUGUUGGACAUGGCCUCUAUCUUUGAGGAGCACCAUAUGUGUCAAAACAGCAGCCAGCUAUCAUCCGAACAAUUUUUCAGUGCUGAACAAGUUUUUAUCCUGGACGAGAACAAGUUUAUUUUCAACAAAAUUAUUGUGGGGCAAACUUCUCAGGCUCGCUUAAAGCUCACCAACAACAGCAAGGUGCCUUACACGCUCAACUUGGCCAUCAGAUAUGUUGGCAUUAAGAUGUCCGGCAAUGUUGAUGUUUUUGAAUUGUCUUCUCCAACUUUGUUCGUUCCUGGCCAAUCCCACGCAUUCACUUCUUUGAGCUUCACACCACAUACCAUGCAUCUCUACAAUGCUGUUUUUGAAGCCACGUUUGAUAAAAGCAGCAGGAUAACAACAAACCUAAAGAGCAAGGUCCUGGAGUUUGACAUAGUUGGUGAAGGCUGUCUGCCAGUUGUUUCAGUGAUACGUCCGGCCAGCAAAUCAAGUCCAGUCUUGCACUUCAGACGGACAUUGGUAGGACGUACUAAUUCCCUACCCUUGGUGCUCCUAAAUGAUGGCAAUGUGCCAGCUCAGGUCCAGAUUGACAUGACGGAUACACACAGUGUGUUAACGCUCAAAGCUGCACCUGGCAACAAAUGUGGCACUAUUCACUUCUCUCAAUUUGAGGACACCCUUGACUCUGAGCUUCGCUUAGUCCACAGUGCGUGCGUGAAACUUGAUCUUAAUGAGAGGGUUGAAUUUGAGGUCACAUUCUCCUCAAACAAACAUCUGAAGGUGGAUGACAAGAUUUCAGUGCAAGUAAAGGGCAGCCAGUAUAGUAAUGCUACAAUUCAAGUAAGUGGAGAGGCUUACCAGCAACUUGUCAGCCUUGACAACAUCAGAAAGCCACCACGGGAGAUGAAUCCAAAUUAUAAUGAGGAAGAUUAUUCUGAUUUGCUCAGUUUUGGUCACUGCCAUGUCGCUUGUCCUGUCAAAGAUAGUUUCACGAUGACAAAUCACAGCAGCAGCAACCAGGUGGUGAGGUUUGAGUGGCCCUCUGAUGAUGCCAAUCUCACCUUUUCACCACAGGUAGGACACCUCCAUGCAGGCUGUUCUAAGGAAGUGACUGUCAUUUUCUGUGCCAAAGCACGAGUGACACUAACGAAACAGACAAUUGCAUGCAAGAUUUGUCAGGUGACAUUCCAGUGGCCAUUGGAUCAGGUUCCUGACUGGGAUGACCAAAAGAAAAUAUUGCAGGCUUCAUGUACACAGCCACAACAAACUGGAAAGAAUAAGAAACACCAUGCAGAGCCGGGUUGCUCUGUGGUCAAAGGCUCAGACUGGGAUUUGCAUUUACGUGUCAGUGUCGUUUGUGACUUUGUAAAGUUCAGCUGCAACACAGAAACUAUCCGAUUCAAAGACACCUUGGCUUACCAAAGCAGCACUCACCAGGUGCAGAUAAUUAAUGAGGGUGCUGUGAGACUGGAAUUUUCAUGGCAAGUCUUGAUAGAUUCAAGCAGCAGUCCAGUCAGCCAAAACCAAGAAGGUGGCAUGUCAUCAAGAGCCUUGACUGAAGAACAGGCUGCCAGCACUCUGACCAGUGAGAGGUCUCUUCUGAUAGGAAAACCCAAUAUGCAUGGUUUUACUGUGGAGCCAAGUAUUGGCACCAUUUUGCCUGGUGCUUUGCAAAAUUUCAACAUUUGCUUUUCACCUUUGGAAGCAGGCCUGUUCCAAGGCAGAUUACAUUGCAGUAUACCUAAUUUACGUGCUGGGACUCAGGGACCCUCUAUCUCGUUUUGUGGUCGCAGCCUAUUGCCCCGUUGCCACUUUGACCUCGAAGACUCUGACUACAUUACUGGGAGCCGACGCAGUCCUGAGUUCAGGACUUAUUUGGAACCUAACAUCAGAGUGAUAGAGUGUAAAACACUUGGCCUCUUUACCGCAGCAAAAAGAUGUUUUACUGUGUUCAACCCAACCACUGAACCAUACUCAUUCGAAUGGAAAUGUGAAGACACUGGUAACAGUCCAUUUAGCUGCCUUACCCCAUGUGGCACCAUUCUGCCUGGAGAGAAGUCAGAGAUGUGCUUUAAAUAUGUAGCUGAGCAGGUGAAAGAUGUGGAGUCAUUCUGGAGCUUUGUGAUUGAGGCGCUGUCUCUUUCUAUGUCCUUCCUUUGUGUGGGCACCAUGAAAGAACCUCUUAUCCACUUUGAUAAAUCCCACAUUGACUUUGGCGAACAACUUAUUGGUAAUAAAGUGUCACAAACAGUGGAUCUCGUGAAUGGAGAGAAGGAACCCUUUCACUUCAGUGUUUUGCAGCCAUCAUUACUCUGUGAUGACCAAGAAUCCAGCCUCAUUUUGCAGCCAAUGUGUGGCACAGUGCCAGCCAAAGAUAGGUUGCCCCUGUCAGUGUCAUUCAGUCCUUGCCGUCAGGGCUACGUGAGCUUCAGAUUAACUCUGAGAGUGAAGAGAAAGUCAAAGCCACUCAUCCUCACUUGUAAGGCACAUUGUUUUACAAUUACUGCUUCUGUUCAAGUGGAAAAUCCAGAUGGAGGUCUCAGAGAGCUCAGUCCUGACAUUUUAGAUACUUUAGACUUUGGAAAGGUGGGCAUUUCAGAGCAAGCUACCUUUAAUAUCCUGGUGACCAAUACAGGGAGGCACAACAUGGAUGUGAAAUUUGAACUGGAAGGGCCAAGUGAGCUGCUUCAACACCUAGUAACAAAACCCAAAAAUUCUACAAUUGCUAUCGGGGAGAAGCUGCAGUCAGCACUCUUCUUUUCUCCUCGGAGCAGUUGCACCCUCAAAGAUGUCAGACUGACUAUCAAGGUAACUAAAGGUCCAUUGUUUACCAUUGCUAUUGAAGGCAGUGGUGUGGCACCUGAACUUGAAUUCUCUUUCAAAAAGUACAACUUUGGCAAGAACUUUGUGUAUUAUCCUGGCAUGGUGCCAGCAUCCCACACUCUUGUGUUAAGAAAUAAAGGCAACAGGGACAUCAGUGUCAAGUGUCUAUCCAGAAAGUGCUCAUUCCUGGAAAUUGGAUUCAAACCAGAUGUUUUGUCCUCCGGUGCUGUGGUUGAGGUUCCUUUCACCUUCUAUCCUCGAGAGCCACGACGUUACCACGAAAACGUAAUCUUCUUAAUAAACAGCUGCAUCAAGGAACAGGUGGACAUUUGGGGACAAGGAAUUGAAAUGAAGUUGGGAGUAUUGGCUCCCAAGCACCAGAAGGUGAAACUUGGAAAUCUGACCCCUGGUGAGAAAGUUAUGAAAAGGGUGCAGCUUGUCAACCGCAGUAUUUUGGACAUUUCCUUCACCUUGCAGCUUGACAGGAAAAAAACACAUAUGGAGACCAAGGAUUUGUCAUUCAGUCCAGUAACCGAGCUAUACCUCAAAGCUCUUCAAGGUUCAUGUAAUGUUGAGAUCCUGUUCACACCCAAUCAGCGUAUUUCUCCCUUUACUGCUGAGCUGCAGGCUGAGAUUGACAGCUAUUUACAUCCGCUACUGGCCAUCCAGGGCUGCUGUCAGGGUGUAGAGGUGCGUCUCGAACAGGACCACCUGGCAUUUGGAGCAGUCGUCCAGCAGUGCCACGCCAAAAAGAAAGUUGUCAUGAUCAAUACAGGAGAACUUUGUGCCCGGUUCCACUGGAAAACUGAACACUUUCCUCCAGAGUUGUCCAUCCAGCCAACUAAAGGCUCUAUCCAGCCAGGAAUGGAGGUUCCUUCAGAAUUGACAUUUUCCCCUGUUCGCUUGAAUAAUGACUCAAGAUAUGAGAAUCUAACUUGCUGCAUUGAGGGCUCCUCUUCACUCAUCACUCUCACUGUGACGGGCUCCUGCAUUGCAGCCGCUUCUAACAAAGAGGUGGUAAAUUUCUCUUGCCCAGUGCGUGGCUCUCACACUCAGACACUGUCUGUGGUCAACCCCACAAAUCAGCGUUGCAGCAUACGACCCGUCAUCAACGGCAAGCAAUGGAGAGCUGCACCAUCUGUGGUUCUUGAGCCUCUUCAAAGCAACACAUAUGAGGUCACCUUCAGACCACUGACUAUGAAUGUUGAUGGAAAGAAACACUUGGGGUCAGUCUUUUUCUCAUUCCCCAAUGGGGCGGGCAUGUUGUACUCGCUACAAGGAACUGCUGAGCCUCCUAAAGCAGAGAACACGAUUGUAAAUGAACUGCCUGCCAAGACCCAUCACACACAGAUACUCCCUGUGACCAACUGGCUCUCAAAGCAGAAACGGUUCCUUGUUAUAAUAGAGUUUCUGAGACCUGAAAAUCCGGAUACUACAGUAUCACUGAAGGGUCGUGAGUACAUUGAUGUCCCUGCUCUGUCUAAGAAGGACUACAAGAUUCAUUUUUACACAUUCAGAGAGGGCCAGUACAAUGCUAAGGUGACAUUUCUAAAUGAGGCGUCGGGGGAGUACUUGUUCUAUAUCAUUAACUUCAAGGUUACCAGUCCGGUAGACUUGUCAACUGUAGAACUGGUGUCAAAUGUCCGUGAAAAGACUUCGGCCACCAUAGAAGUGGAGAACCCCUUGAACACGCCAAUCUGCCUCACUGUUGACUGUAAAUGUCCUGACAUCAGCGCUCCAAGCUUGCACACCGUGCCAGGAAUCUCAAAGGGUGCUCUGACGUUUGACUAUCAGCCCCUCCGUGUCGGCGAGACGACCUCCCGGCUGUCUCUUUUUUGUAGUGAACUCGGUUACUUCCACUAUGGUCUUCUUCUCCGAGCUCUCCCUCAACCACCAGAGAAGACCAUUCGAUUCAGCGCUUCUCUGGGGACAAACCACAGUAUUGCUGUUAAGUUUCUCAACUUCUCCCACUUCAAAACUGAAUACGCUUGCAAGACUGACUGCCCAGCCUUCAUUGUAAACAAGACUGUGGCUGCCUUGCCAGGUAACCAGACAGGGUCUCAAGUCAGUGUGGAGGUUUGUUUCGAGCCUUAUCAGCUUGGAGAGGUGAAAGGCCAGCUCCACUUGUCUUCUGGAAUUGGGGGUGAAUACGUCUUUCUGUUACAUGGGGUAGCCCUCCCUUCCAAAACACAAGGCCCGUUCAACAUUAGGACCGGCCGAAGCAUCUCUAUCCCCUUUAAGAAUGUGUUCCUGCAGACCACAGUCUUUUCUUUUCAGGUGGACAACCCCUGUUUUACAGUCAAAGCAGCUGACACCAUCCUCUCUAAAAAAACGCAACCCAUCCAGAUGUACUUUGUGGCCCCGGAAGGAGGCUCGCCAGGGCCAUGUAUUGGCAAAUUGACCAUCUCCAACCAGUGCACAGAGGGACAAAGUAAAGCCUGCUCUUGGAUUUACUACUUGAGAGGCAACCUGCUAGAGUCAUCCUAGUCCAAAAAUCGAUUGAAUUAGCAAAACAUAUUGAAACAUUGCUUCAUAAUGUUGUGUUUUACUGAACAAGAAUAUAUUUAUUCUCACGUUUAUAACAGUAAACUGUCCCCGAACUCCGGUCGACAUACCGGUACCAGUCCAUGGGACAUUUGGUAAUAGGCCACACAGAGAGAGACUUAAGAAAAAAUAAAUAAAUUGAUAUAUCAGAGUCUGAAAUAAUAAAUAGUUUUAGUCUGUGGAAAGCUUCUUCAGAAAGGUAAAAAGGUCAAAUAAUGAGAAAGAAGAACACACUUUAACAUCCAAGGAAAGGAAAGCUGUAUUUGACAUACUAUCAACAUCCAUCAAGAAGCAACCUCCAUUGGCACUCGCCGUCAUGACUAAUGACCACACGGGGGCACUCGCGUCUUAUGAUUCCACUAAAGACUCCUCUCAAUGACCAAAGGCCCAUUUCAUUAGCUGUAGUUUUGU